UUCACAGUUAUUCAAUUUCACGUGUCGGAUCCGUUUGUUGGCUUUAUUAAUUUUGCCUAUUGCAUUUCGUUUGCUUAUUUAUCCGUUUUUGUUGCGGUUCGGACUGAGUCGUGUUUGCGAAUACUCACGUCCUGGCAAAUAAAGUGUCUUGGCAGCUGUACGCGUCUUUAGCGCGUCUUCGAAUCGACUUUCGAGUGGACUCGUGUCGAAGGACAUCGGCAGGAUGUUAAUGUUGAAGAUACUCUUUAUGACGGCAACAUUUGCUUUAUCGCAAGGUGGUGUUAUAGGCCCAUAUGCAGCUCAUUAUGGACCACAUGGGCAUGAUGGUCCUGCACCAUUUCACUAUCCAGCCUAUGCAGCACCACAUGGCGCACCACUUCCAGUGCCUUAUGUAGCCGCAGCGCCAAAACCAGUUGCUCCCGAACCUUACGAUCCGGCACCGAAAUACUCUUUCGGCUAUGACAUACAAGAUGGCUACACUGGCGACUUAAAGAGCCAACAUGAAACCCGUCACGGUGACGUGGUGAAGGGCAGUUAUUCCGUUGUCGAUCCAGAUGGCACCAAACGUACCGUUGAUUACACAGCCGAUCCGCAUAAUGGCUUCAAUGCUGUAGUGCGCAAGGAGCCACUCGCCUAUAAGGCUGCACCCAUUGCACCGGCACCGUUGGGUCCAGCAGCACCUGUGAAAGCACCCGCUGUUGCUUAUCCCCUAGCUUUGGCGCCAGUACCACAUGCACCCGUUCAGCCAGCACCGGCGCAUCUUCUAGCACCGGCUCCCGCACCAUUACCGGCAGCACCUGCUGGUGCACCCUACCAUGCUGCCUAUCCGGCUUUGGCACACAGCACUGCCUAUGCCAGUUACCCGUUAGCUGCUGAUCCCCAUCAUGGACACUAUUAUCCACACUAAAAAUGGCGAAGGCAAAUGUAAAUAUUGCUUUUUUUGAAGUUCAAGGCGACUACUACGGAUUACAUAAACUGAUUUUUUUUUUGAAUUAUCCUUUACUAUUCACAUACAUACAUACAUACAUUCAUUCAUAUGAAUGCUGUGAAAAUAAUUUCCAAGCUUGAAUCUAUCUGCUGCUACCUCUUGACUUUUUAUUGUAUACAAACUUAUAUAAACAUUUACGUAAUUACAUAUCUACAUUUUACUCAUUUAUACAUACAUACAUAUAUUUGUAAGCAAUCGUUUUUAUUGCUCUUGAUUGUUUUUUGUUAUGGUCACAAAUAAUUUAGUUACUACUCUGGCACAAUGAAAGAUAUGAUGUUACAUAUAUAUACACAUAAACAUAUACAUACGUGUAUGUGAAUUGAUUGAGAUGUAUGCAUUAAAUAAUCAUAAAUAACGGUUCAUUCAGUAAACUACUUAGAAUUAUAUAUACAGACAUAUAAACAUAUCUUCACACUGAGUAUGAAAUAACCGACUAUACAUAUAUACUAUACAACUAUGUUAACCAAUACAUACAUACAUAUUUAUGUUGAUUAUAGUUAUCAAGAUUAUAAAUACCCUUCUCUCUCCCCUCUCUUCUCUUUUCUUCGCUCUCAGUUGUAUUCCCGAUCAUUUCAUAAGCGAAUUCCAUUACAACAUUAAGUAUAACGAUUAUUUGUUUAGAAUUAUUAGAUACGUAAACGUGUGUGUUGUUGUUUUCUAAGCAUUAGUUUUAAUUUUUUUUUUUUACAAAUACGAUUUUUAUACUUCUCCCAUCCAUAAAGAAGGAUAUCUUUAUAUGGCAGGUACAAUACAAUAAAUGCAAUGAGUACAGGAAGGUUAAAA